CUGAACGCAUCCAGUCUCAAAAUCUCCAACUCGGGUUAUUCUCCUGAGAUAAUUUUUAUGUCAUUACCGAUCAAGAUAAUACCCCUGCUAAGUAAUUUCACCGUCAACACAUCUCCAAAGUCUCAAAAUAGAAACCUUUCCUCGCCAAAGUCACGUUAAAAUGAUCGAACUCGCUGUACCUCUAAUAAAUCCAUCGCUUCGAUGGUCGAACCAACACCUGCCCCGGCGCCAAGGCCCUCAUUGGCGAAAUUCAAGUCGCAAUUCGACACAAAGUGGCUAGAGAACAAACCCGGUUUGGGAAAGCUAUCCGAUUACCAGUUGAAUCGAACCAUUGGCCAGGGUAAAUUCGGUCGAGUUAUGUUGGCUCACGUACUAAAGAGCAACCAAGUGGUCGCCAUCAAGAUCCUGCGUAAAUCUGACAUACUACGUUUGAAACAACUCAAACACGUUAUCCAAGAGAAGAAAAUCUUGCAAUCGGCCAGGUACCCGUUUCUCGUGAGCUAUCUGACGCAUUUCAAAAACAACGGUCAUCUAUUUUUCGUGUUGGAAUUCGUUGCAGGAGGAGACCUAUUCACCAUGAUCAAACGUUACGGUCGCCUUAACGAAUACGAAUGUUCAUUUUUCUCCGCUCAGAUCGUACUCGCUUUCGAGUAUCUUCAUUACGUCGGCGUAAUAUUUCGCGAUUUGAAGACCGAAAACGUGCUCAUGGAUUACAAAGGGUACCUGAAAAUAACGGAUUUCGGAUUCGCCAAGAAGGUUGAUCAAAGUACGACGUCGACGUUGUGCGGAACACCGGAGUAUUUCGCUCCGGAGCUUAUUCGUCAAGUUCCUUAUUCGUACGAGCUGGAUUGGUGGACUUUAGGUAUUCUUAUGUACGAACUUCUCGAAGGACAUACGCCGUUUCGACAUAAAGAUUACAAAACUAUGUUUAAAGAUAUCCUCAAAGGUAACGUUAACUAUCCGAGUUAUUUCAACUCGGAUACGCUAGAUAUUAUCAAACAGUUACUGAAAAUCAAUCCAAACGACAGAUUAGCCACAGCUCCGGAAGUCAUAAGUCAUCGAUAUUUUAGAAAAAUUCAAUGGGAUGCUUUAUACUGGAAGCAAAUAGAUGCUCCUUUUCAACCAUCGGUGAAAAAACAAUCUGAUGUGAGUAAUUUUGAUACUAAUCAUAUCAAAGAAGAAGAGCUGGAGGAGCAUGAUGACGAUAUAUAUCCGGAAGAAUUUAAAGAUUUUUCAAACAUGUUGUCAUUUUUCACCAACUUGGUUCGUAAAGUAUUAAAAAAAUUCAAAUCUUUUUUCGGUUACCAUGAAGAACCGGAGGAUAAACGUCAACGCAUCGAGUUACAGUCGCAAAAGAUCGAAACUUUUUUGCAGCAAUCUAAAACGACGUUUCAAGAAAAAUGGAAAAAGAACGAAAAAAGCAACGUUACCAUGUCAGAUUUCAUCUUGGUGAGGACCUUGGGCGAAGGUAAAUUCGGACGAGUGAUGUUGAUCAGAGAUAAACGAUCCGAAAUACCAACUUAUUUAGCUUUGAAAGUAAUGAACAAGAGGACAAUUUUGCUCAGAUGUACCGUAGCUUGCGUACUUUUCGAGAAACGUAUCCUGCAAUCGUGUCAACAUCCUUUCGUCGUCCAGUACAAACAUCAUUUUAAAGAUAACGCUAAUUUAUACCUGGUGUUGGAAUACGUCGGAGGAGGCGAUCUCUACGUUCAUAUUCGAAGAUCGAUACGAUUCAACGAUGCUCUGGUUCGUUUCUACGCCGCUCAGUUGAUUCUUGCUUUGGAGUAUCUGCAUUAUAUGGGCGUCGUUCACCGUGACUUGAAACCCGAGAAUAUAAUGGUCGGUGAGAAUGGAUACCUUAAGGUGACCGAUUUCGGCUUCUCGAAGUAUAUCGGUAAUGGAUUGACGAGCACCAAGUGUGGCACUAGAGCUUACAUGGCUCCCGAGAUAUUAUCUUUCAAAAGGAUAUUUUAUUCGUUUAACGUCGACUGGUGGCCGAUAGGAGUGUUAAUUUACGAAAUGUCUGUCGGUAGGAUACCUUUCGAAGCUUCUAAUAAUCUCGAGCUUUUGUACAGAAUCAAGAAGCACGAUAUUAGGUAUCCUUCGUAUUUGAAAAAAUGCACCAAAGAAAUCGUUCAAAAAUUGUUAACGUAUAAAAUAGCCAGUCGACUGGUGCUGGCUAAGGAUAUCAAAAUGCAUAGUUAUUUCGAGGAGAUCAAUUGGGUAGCGUUAUUCGAACGUAAAGUAGAACCUCCUUUCGUACCUACGGUUCGAAGCUCUAUGGAUACGAGUAAUUUUGAACAUUUCCAAGAGGAAAGAAUCGAAGAAUGGCAAGAAGAUAUUUACGAAGAAGAGUUUAAAGAUUUUUGAUGCGUUGGUCUGUCAUAUCUAUUUUUAAUUCGUUGCUAUUUCUAUUGCUCUCUUUUAUAAAAAAAAAAAUGUUACUGUACGAAUAACUCGUAAAACUAAUUUAAUCUAUUCCACAACUCGACGAUCCUACCUAUCACUUGUAUGUAUCCAUUAAGUAAAUUCAGCUACCAAUAACGAGAAAAUUCUUUACAAAUUUCUCUCUAUAAAAAGCUACACUCUGCGAUGAUUGACGCUGCUUGUUGAAAAAUACCUUACUUGCUUGUCCGACUCGCGAUCAGUGGAACUUGGUGAAAUACCUCGAAUCGAAUUCGUAUAGAAAGGCUUUUAUUUGAAUACUCGAAAAAAAAGUUAUACGCCUACGAUAACUUAAUUUACAAAAUUGGAAACUAUUUUUGGGUCAAAUAUCGCAGAAAUUUUACCCUCUGUUGCGAAAAAAAAUAUACGCCUACGAUUA